AGCUGGCGAAUGAGCUCAGGAAAGCGGAAUAAACGGGAGCAGCUGGCUGGAUGUUGGUCAUAUGAUGCGCCGUCUUUCACUGUCUCUGCAAAAACUGAGGAAGAGUCGAUUUAUAAGCGCUUUUAAUUUCACUGUCACUAAAAAGAAGAUAGUUUAAAAAACAGUCACGUAUAGUAGGCUAUAGAAGGAGGGGUUUAAUUCUUCCUCUGGAAAAACAGGAACAAUGACUGCAGCACUGCUGGAACAGUAUCGAGAGAGAAUCCGGACUGAACUGGACAGAGUCGUGGAUUUCUGGCUAAAAUAUUCCCAUGACCAGGAACACGGUGGUUUUUUUAACUGCCUUGGAAAAGAUGGGAAGGUCUAUGAUGAGCUGAAAUAUGUGUGGUUACAAGGGAGACAGGUCUGGAUGUACAGCAGGCUGUAUCGUACAAUGGAAAGAUUUCACAGACCUGAGAUUCUUGAGGCUGCUAAAUCAGGUGCUGCAUUUCUGCAAAAGUUUGCUCGAGUUCAGGCCUCCAGCGGCCCGGGGAAAUGUGCCUUCUGCCUGACGAGAGAUGGGCGAACAGUGAAGGUUCAAAGGACGAUAUUCAGCGAGUGUUUUUAUGUGAUGGCCAUGGAUGAGCUGUCCAGGAUUACACAAGACAAAGAGAUGCAGGCAGAUGCUGAGAGCAUGAUGGACCGGUUGAUAUUCUGGGUUCAGACUGAUUCGUCAGAUCUUGGUCGUCCUCAACUUCCUGGUGAUCUGCCAGUCAACAGCAUGGCAGUUCCCAUGAUGCUCCUGUGCCUAGUAGAUCAGCUGACAGAGGGUAGAACUGAUGUUGCUGAAAAGUACAAAGACCUGAGCGGAUGGUGUGUGGAACGGAUACUGCAGCACAUACAGAGAGAUGGAAAAGCCAUUUUGGAAAAUGUCACAUUGAAUGGAAAGGAACUUCCUGGCUGUCAAGGGCGGUUGCAGAACCCUGGUCACGCUCUGGAGGCUGGCUGGUUCUUGCUGCAGUACGCGCUGAAAAAAGGAGACGUGCAGCUGCAGGAGACAGCAGUGGAUAAGUUCAUGGAGAUCCCCUUCCACACCGGAUGGGACAAACAACAUGGCGGCCUUUUCUACUUCCUGGAUGUAGACGGUCAUUGUCCGACUCAGUUAGAGUGGAAUAUGAAGUUGUGGUGGCCUCACUGUGAAGCUCUGAUUGCUUACCUGAUGGCUUACAGUCACAUCGGAGAGCCUGUGCUACUGGACCGGUUCAAGCAGAUCUACGACUACACCUUCACACAUUUUGCUGAUGAGGAACAUGGCGAAUGGUUUGGAUAUCUGAGUCGUCAGGGAGAACUUGUGCUGGAUUUCAAAGGAGGACCCUUCAAAGGGUUCUUCCAUGUUCCUCGCUGUCUCUACAUGUGUGAGAAGCUUCUGGACGGUCUUCUUGAGAGGCAGGAUUCUUGAACUUGCACAGACAAUUUUGCACUUUAUGACCCAGAUAUGACUGGAAAGUGUAACUGACAUUUUUGUAACUGAUCAGUUUGCAUAAAAAUGCAAUUAUAACAUUUUAAUCAGUUUUAACUAUUCUAAUUGGGUCUUUAUUACUGUUACGUUUAUAUUAUGGGUUCACAUUAAUUUUUAAGCCAUUCAUCCGACAUUUAAAUGAAAGGGACCACAGUUUUGUUUUGAUUUAAUUAUUUCUAGCCAUGGCCAGUACUAUGUUCGCUAGCUGAUUGUCUUGCAAAAUGUUU